AUGUCGACUUGCGGCGCCCUAACAUCAGUCUCAUCAGCGUUUUUCGGCGAAAAGCCCGGAGCAGCCGCCGAAGCCGGAGCGCUGUCCUGUAUCUCGAGCGGUGCUGCUUCGGCCACUGUCACCGCAGCGUCACGGCUGCGUGCGCUGGGUUACGACCCCGACGAGCUGCUGCAGCACUACCGCGACCACGGCUACAUCAUCCUCGACGGUCUUCUCGCCUCGGACACCUCCUCGCCCUUGCAUCUAGACUCGCUGCGCCGCCUAGCAGAUACGGCGACGCAGAUCACGCGCGAUGGAAAGUGGCCGCAUCGCCGCAUCGUCGGCAACGCCUUCCCGCCCUUUACGCAGAACAACCGCGACAGCUGGGGCGUGCAGCACAUCAUGAACCCGCAGCUGGACACCGCCGCCUCCGCAUCGGCUGCAUCGAUAUCGAGUGUCUUUCAGCAGUUCUAUGCGAGCUCACCGCUCCUUGACGUGGCGUCUCUGCUCAUCGGCUGCCAAGUCGAGGCAAUGCAGAUGGAGCUAUUCAACCUACUCGUCAACCCGGCUUCUCACCGCUUUGCGCUCGGUUGGCAUCGGGAUGACAUUCGUCCGGACGUAUCGGAGCAGGAGGAAGAGCAGCGUCUUGAAACACCCACGUAUGGUGUGCAGUUCAAUACCGCGCUCUGGGACGACGACUGUCUGUUCAUCGUGCCGGGCACCCACCGUAGAAUGCGCACUGCUGCCGAGGUGGUAGCCAACAAUGCCAAAGCCCCACCUGCUGUUCAGGUCGACAGCGAAGGUGAGGUGGACAAGACGUUCGGUGAGGAUGGCGCGUGGAACGGUGUGGACCCACCCAACACGAUGCGCGUCAGGCUCAAGCCAGGACAGACGGCGUUCUACUCGCAGCGCAUCCUGCACAGGGCGAGCUACCUGCCCACCGCAAAGAGGGCCACACUACACGGAUGCUACGGCGACGCCUCGUCGGGAACAGGCGCAGCCGAACGCGCCAGGAAUGUGCUUCAACACGGCGUCGAGUGGAUGCGCGAUGCCCAAUUUGGAGACAGUUUGCCGCCAGUGCUCAAACCCAUGCGCACUGUGUUUUUGGCGCAGGUGUCCACUUUGUCGCGCACGUCUGCACCUCUCGCAACCUUGCUCUGCACUACCACCUUCCCUUUCCUCAAGGCGUCUGCAAAGAUGAGCCAGUGUCCGCUGGGCUUCACAGGAACGCCCCCACCGGGUCAUCCCAAGGUGGCAGGUCUCGACGCCAAGGCUUCCGAGGCAGACACGCGCGACAGGCACUGGAAUCCCUGGCUCCUCCUCGCCAUCGACGCGCUCUUCAUCCUCGCCGCCAUCUACGUCGCCAGAAACGGCGUGCCCAGAGCGAUAGCCGAUCCCAUCGCCAACGUGUGGCGAAAGGUACCCAAGCCAGCCGCCAAGACCGAAUGA